UUAUGCUUAAUGCAUUAAAUAUUUGAUAAGUAAAUUGCGCUUUAUAAAAUAAAUAUCUAGUGUAUAUAAUAAAAUAUAAACAUACUUUUGUAUUAUAAUAGUGUUGUAUAAUAGUAUAACAAUAAUAUCUUCAAGGAUAUUCCAACAUGGGACGUAAAAUUCCAGCAAAGAAACAUCGUGGUGUUAAAGAUCCUCUAGUGCAACAAGCUAAACGUUUAGAGAGCUUAAAGGGCAAAAUAAAUGCUCCUCCCAAAGAUCCUGACGAGCAGCCAGUGCCGAGGUCACUGACACGGCUUUUCGCAUUUCAGGAUCAGGACAAGAGAAGAAGGAAAGUAAAGAAGAGCAGUCACAGUCCACUAACACAGAAUAAAGAUGGUAGCAUAAGCAGUAUUGCUCGUAACCCGCUGUCUGGUCUCCACAAGCUACCGGGCGAGUCGGGACGUGCUUUCUCUCUCCGCAUCAAUAGUGCAGUCAAGGCUCUCCACAAUCCUGAUGAAGAAUUGCACUACCCGGCCGACAUGGAGGCGGGCGACGAGAAGGGCGAGCGCAUGGCGGAGCUGCGCGAGCGCCGAGCGCGCAAGCGACGCCGCGCAGCCGCGGGCCCCGCCGGCCCGCCCGCCGCCGCCGCCGACCCGCCCGCGCUGUCGCGCACGCAGCGGCUGGCGCUUAAGAAGAAGGCCAGGAAGCUGAAGGCCUCUGAGGCUCGGAGCGAGCGGCACGAGGUGGUGUACGAGCGCGUGGCGUUCGGCGACGUGACGCACGCGCCGCCCAGCCUGCGCGCCGCCGCACGGCCCGGGCGCCGGGAGCUGCUGCUGACGCGGCUGCUGGCGCCGGCGCCGGCGGGGGCCGGGGCGGGGGCUGGAGCGGGGGCCGGGGCGGGCGAGGCGGCGCGCGCGGCGGCGGUGGCGGCGUACCGCGCGCUGAAGGCGCAGCGCCCGCGCCCGCCGCGCAGCUAGCCCCGCGCCCGCCGCCGCGCCUGCGCACUGGCGCGUUACGUUACGUUCCAGUGUCACUCUGUAUAAACAUACUUGUGCGUGCAAAGUGUCAAGUCUCAAUAAUAACAUGAAAAUAAAAA